ACCAGAGAGUGCCGUAACAAUUACAUUAGGCCAACCCUUCAUCGUGGACAUCGGGGACUUCCUUCGGAUCUAAAAAUUCGAAGAAAAACUGGACAGCGGGUACCAUUUCCAACCGCAACCUGAAUCAUUCCUUGAGAGAGAAGAGAGACGAACAUGAAGAGAGUGUUAGUGGUUGGAGGCACAGGUUACUUAGGCCAGCAUCUACUGCAAGGCCUUUCAGAGAUCCAAGAAUCAACCCAUUACGAUCUUGCUUUCACAUACCACACCAACCCUCCUCCUCAGCCGUUGCUCGACGCCAUCCCCCAAGCGCUAGCUUUCCACCUCGAUUUACGGACCGGAAAUGGGUUCGACGUUAUCUCUCAAGCAUUUGGCCAGCCUCACGUGGUGGUCAAUUGUGCUGCACUAUCCGUUCCUCGUACCUGUGAAAUGGACCCUACAGCUGCCAUGUCUAUUAACGUGCCCUCUGCCCUUGUAAAAUGGUUAUCAAGCUUUAAAGAGAGCAAUACACUUCUGAUUCAUCUAUCAACUGAUCAAGUCUAUGAAGGGGUAAAGUCCUUCUACAAGGAAGACGAUGAAACUGCUCCUGUGAACUUCUAUGGGAGAUCUAAAGUGGCAGCAGAGCAAUUCAUUUCUAAAGACUGCUUGAACUUUGCUAUUUUGAGAAGCAGUAUCAUCUUUGGGCCACAGACCAUUUCCCCUGUUCCAAAAUCCCUUCCAAUUCAGUGGAUGGAUAGUGUACUCUCGAAAGGAGAUAAAAUGGAGUUCUUUCAUGACGAGUUUCGUUGCCCUGUGUUUGUCAAGGAUGUUGUGACUGUCAUACUGUUACUGUCAAACACAUGGAUCUCAGAGGGUAAGCAAAUGCAGUUGCUCUUAAACAUUGGUGGACCAGACAGGUUGUCCCGUGCUCAGAUGGCUGAAGCUGUGGCACAAUUCAGAGGAUACAAUAGCUCACUAAUCAAACCAGUGUCUGCAGCAUCAGUUGAUCGCGGUGUCAAGUCUCCAGCUGACAUAUCCAUGGAUAUCUCCAAACUGAUCCAAACACUAGGAAUUUCUCCUAUUUCGUUCAAAGACGGUGUCAGAUUGACGCUUGCAGCUGAAGCUGGUUCUUGAUGGUUAAAAACUGUGUACGUCUUGUAUAUGGUUUCUUCAUUCUUUGAUUUAUGAUCCUACUGUGACUGUGGUGUGCUUAUUCACUCACCCUUACGAUUAUACAUGUGAUACAAGUUCUGAAACAUUAUCUUGAUACAUAUGGAGUUGAGGGACGGUGCCUCCGGCAAAUGGGUUGUCUGUGAUGGGACUAGUUAUUGCAUUUAGAGCCUAAUAUGAUCAUACGGUACUGCAA